UUUCCUCUGUUGUUUUUACCUCAGAUGAUGGCUAGUAGUAUGUACAGGUUGAUACAGGUUAAUCUGGAAUGAGGAAGAGGAUCAGUCUUUAAACCCAUCAACAUAUGUCCAUGACAUAUUGUUAGGUUACAUUUAAGGAACAUUUUCAGAAGCUGUUUUUACCAGACCACACAGCCGCAGUGACUUCUGCAGGAACAAUGCAUAUCAGCAGAGCUUUUGCGUUCCUGUGCCUGGUGGUUUCAGUGGGUGCUCAGAGGACUCAAAGCAGACUGAGCUGUUAUCUGGAUGUUUUGACUCCGCACACUCGUGAGGGUUCCUGCACUCACAUCAUUCUGCCCUCCGUCUCCAGCGAUGAUGAACUUUACCUCCAGAGCCUGACGGAGAAUGAAUAUGAUGCUAUUCAAAGGAUGAAAGAGAGAAAUUCAGCUUUGAAGAUUUUGCUUGGACUGGAGAUCAAAUCAUCAAGACUGAAACUGAUGUCUGCAAAUGAAGCUAGUGUUGGGAGUUUCAUUCAAACUCUGUUGACGUACUUAAAAGAAAAACGUUUGGAUGGUCUAGACGUGAUUUGGCUGGAUGGCACCCCUUCAGACACAGAGCUGUUCACUGAUUUUCUCAAGAGUAUAAAAGGUGUGUUUGAGGAAGAAAUGCGUCCUCUUCUUCUGUCAGCGUCUGUAAAGGAGCCCACUGACAAAACUGUGGCCAGUUAUGAUGAGCAAAUACUUUCACAGUAUGUGGACUUCAUCUCCAUUCUGCCUGCUCAGCUCCAAACGGAUGGACAGUACAUUAGCAAAACAGCCCAACACUGGCAGGACAAACAAGUUGACCUGCAGAAGCUGGGUCUAGUCAUGCCUGGUUUUCUUCAGAGGUCACGUCAUCGACAUCACCACAGAAAUCAUCCCAAACACGAUGAUACGACUGCAGAGGAAGGAAAGAAGGAUCAUGUUCACCUUUUGAACUUGUACCUGGGCGAUCAGGUGUGUCAGGCUGUUAAAAGUGGACAAUUGCAGUUCAUUACUUUAACUAGUGUCUCGGAUGAGCAAAGUCCUAUCAAAGAGGUACUCCAGCAAGGCUUUGGAGGUAUUGGAGUUGUCCUCAUAGAUCUAGACGUCUUCGGUAACUCCAUGUGUCCGAACAUGACUCAAAAAGAAAGAGCGACUGUUGAAUCGAAGGCCAUCAUGCAUUCACAUCAUGGACACAGACGUCAUGGACAUGGAGAUCAUCGUCACCAUCACACUGGACAUCAUACCCGACAUCAUACCCGACAUCAUGACCGACAUCAUGGACGACAUCAUCAUGGUCGUCAUCAUCAUGGACAUCGCCCUCAUCAUCAUGGUCACCGUCACCAUGGCCGUCAUCAUCACCAUCACCAUCAUCACUCAACUACUACCCAAAGCAGCGUGACCCAGGUAACACCAAAGGGAAUGGAGUGAAUUUGAUGAUUGCUGAUAAAAGGCAUGCUUUUAUUAAGUUCUAUAACGCAUUGUACAAUACAUUAUAGACCUAAACAUACAGAUUCAGAGAGAUCAACAGCAAAAUAAGAGAAUCAGUUAAUAAUAAUCACUUUAGAGUAAGUUUGAUGUGCAAUCAAAUCACCAAAAUUAAAAUCAAUCUGCAUAAAAAUAGACACAUUUUUCAAAGUUGUUCAUAAAGAUUAUUGAGGUUUUUACAAGAAACUGUAAACAGAUAAACUCCUUUUUUUCACUUUCUUUUUUGGACUUUUAUUUUACAUUUAAUUUACUGUUACUUGCUAUUUUAUUAAUAUAGUGGACAAUAUUUGAAGUGGAUACAAAAAGUUGUUUAAAAUUGACAAGAAUGGGUGUUGUUCAAGGAUUUGAGGAGAACUUUGUGAUGUCACUUCAAAUGUUGACUACUGUAUAGUGAUUGAAAAUAUGUUUUAUAUAUAUAAUUGUCUUCCUUUUGUCUUACUAAGAAUUUGUAUGUAGGCAUGGGACGAUAACCAUGUUCAAGGUAUACCACGGUUUGGAAAAGUCAAGGUUUUAAAACUGUCAAAAUUUUCUGCUUUGCCGUUUCUAAGGGAUGAGAAGCAUUUUUUUAAGCUUUUUAAGGACAGCAGAAAAGAUCUCCAAAGAUGCCAUUUUAAAUUAAAAAAAUAAUAAUAAUCUGAGUGUUUGAAACAAAUGAAGACAGCAGAAGUCAAUGAUUCAUUUGAAUUAUUUAGACUGAAAUGUUUACUGCUCUAAAAUACUAUAAAUGUUUCCCAAAUUAAAGUAUAUUGUGUACAAAGGGGCAAAAGGUUUAGAUUUUUAAAUAUUUAUAAGGAAAAUAUUUUUGAGCAUUAAUCUCAAUAUCGUAUAACUGUGAAAUUGUGAUAUUUUUAUCCAAGGUUAUCAUACCAUCAGAAUCUUCUACCGGCCCAUGCCUAUUUGUAUGCUGCAGUAAUUAUAAUUUGUUUUUGCGUUCUGGUAUUAGCAUUUUUCUAAAGUUUUAGUUUCACUAUUUGCUUGUUAUGAAUAAUAAUUUUACAAUGUUAUUACAUGAUGAUUUUAUGAAGUAUUAAAAGCAGAGGUUGUGUUACUGUGUGUUGGAGACCUUAAUCUAACAGGCCAAUGAUAUAAUAAAUCAGUGCAACAUUAUGAAAUAAAAUAAAUAUGUUGCCAAAAAUUCUCAGA